CGAACUGAUUAAUCCAGGUGUGUCUGGCCAGUUACUUAGGUCAUACACACCUGGAUUAAUCAGUGCAUCCAAUCAUGAAAGACAGGAAACAAAGGAGCUGCCUUAAAUUCAGGAAGUAGUGGAGCUGUGCAUAGAGCCUAUUUGUUUAAAAAAAAUGUUUUGGGUCGAAGCGUCCCUGUAAGGAGGAAAUACAUCAGAUUCUGAUUUAUUGAUUCAUCAGAACGUUUCGAACAGUCCUCCCCUCAAAGCUGCUUAUUAGGCUCAUUCAUACUCUGUGCCACUCUGAAUUUGAGCUGAAACAGAGUGUGCUGAACUUGCUUUUGAGGAAACAAUCUCUUUGCUCUGUUGCAACUUUGGAAGAGACAAUAUGACCUAUAUUUCAACAUUUCCUCAAGUACACUUCCCAGACAGAAGGGAUCCUCCAGGACCCAGACCUCUUCCUCUGUUUGGUAACCUGUUCCAGGUUGAUCUGAAGAGGCUUGACUACAGCCUUUUUGAGCUGUCCAAAAAAUAUGGACCCGUGUUCCAGGUCCACUUUGGGCUGAAGAAGGUGGUGGUCCUGGCAGGGUACAGGACUGUCAAAGAGGCUCUGGUGAACCAUGCUGAGGAAUUUGGAAACAGAGACAUCACACCAAUAUUUUACGAUUUUACAAAAGGAAAUGGUAUUUUAUUUUCCAAUGGAAACUCAUGGAGGGAAAUGAGACGUUUUGCCCUCACAACCCUGAAAAACUUUGGAAUGGGGAAGCAGAUGAUUGAAGAAAUAAUCAUUGAGGAAUGUCAGCACCUCAUUAAAGAAUUGGAACAAUUUGAAGGUCAAGCCUUCAGCAACACCCAGCCUAUCAACUAUGCUGCUGCUAAUGUUAUAGCAGCCACCGUAUUUGGUAAAAGAUUUGAUUACAAGGACCCGAAUUUCCAAGCUAUGGUGGAUAGAGAUAAUGAGAUUAUAUAUCUGACAGGAACAGUUUCCUUGUUGAUAUACAACUUUUUCCCUUGGUUGGGUCCUGUCCUUAAAAACUGGAAGAAUUUGAUGAAGCAUGUGGAAGAUGGGAAGGCGGAUGCAAGGAAGAUGAUAGAGCAGCUGAAGCAGACCCUGGACUUGGAUAUCUGCAGAUGUUUUGUUGAUGCUUUUCUGAUUCACAAAAGACAUCUUGAGGAUUCUGCCAUAAAGAACCCACACUUCCAUGAUGAUAACCUGCUCUACAGUGUGGCAAACCUAUUUGCAGCUGGAAAUGAUACGACAGGAAAUACGCUGAAGUGGUGCCUCCUUUACAUGGCCAAGUACCCUCACAUUCAAGUGCGGGUUCAGGAGGAACUGAGCCUGGUGGUCGGAAAGCGGCAGGUUAAAGCGGAGGACAGGAAGAACUUACCGUACACUGAUGCGGUCAUCCAUGAGUCACAGAGAUACGCUAACAUCGCGCCGAUUGCUAUUCCUCAUUCAACCAGCAGAGAUGUGACCUUUCAGGGCUACCUUAUCCAGGAGGGAACUACAGUGUUUCCUCUUCUUACUUCUGUUUUAUACGACGAGAGGGAAUGGGAGAAUCCCUACAGCUUCAACCCGUCACAUUUCCUAGACAGUGAGGGUAAAUUCAUCAGGAGGGAAGCGUUCCUGCCCUUUUCUGCAGGUCGCAGAGUUUGCCCUGGAGAGAGUUUGGCCAAAAUGGAGCUCUUCAUUUUCUUCACCUCUCUCCUUCAGCACUUUAAUUUCAGCCCAGCACCUGGGAUUUCAGAAGAUGAACUGGAUUUAUCUCCUGUUGUGGGCUUCACCCUCUCCCCUCAGCCCCAGAAGCUUUGUGCCUUUCUUCGCAAGUGAAAAAUAAAGCUGGAACUUGAACAAGUUGCUUUGCAGAUGUAGGAGGCACUUCUUUACCACAGCUGAGCCUCUUUUGUGAAGGACUAUAUCUGCGCAACAAUAGCUGUAUAAAGCAAAUUUAUUGGAUCUUAAGUCUUCUUGUACAUGAAGACUAUGCAUAAAGCUACAUAUAAAAUCAUACACAUCACCAAAGUAAUAAUUAAACACUAAUCUUGGGUAGUUCUAGAUGUAUAAAUUACAAAUUCUGAAAUUAUUUUCAAAGGUUUUAUUAUUUUUCUGUUUGUAUUCAUUUAUAAUCUUUGCCCUAACUGAAACAGACUGGAGACACUUUAGUGGAUGUGACUACUGGCACAUAGUUGAAAUUCUCCUCCUGCCUUAUUUAGUAUCAGGGGGUAAAAACAGCACGUUCUGUACUUUUCCUUGCUUUUGUCAGAUGAAAUCAAGUUCAUCUCUUGAGAGAGUGAGUCAGGACAGGGCGGAGCUAAACGGCUUCCUUCCACUUUUUGUUUUGAUUGGCUCUCUGAUAUAAAGUGGAUAAACUGGAUCCAAAACCAGCUGUCACCCUCCCUCAUCAUUUGCAGAUUACCUACUAAGCUCAUUGUGAAUUUUGGGUACGGACCUACCGACUUUGUGUCGGGACUAACUCAAUGCUACGGGCCGGCCCAAGGCAAAAGAAUAUUUCAUAGUUUUUUUGCAUGUAUAUUAAUUUCUUUAUAAAUAUUACAAAACACAAUUUACAUAAUCAAAAAAUGCAUUUUUUACAAAAAAAAAAUAUAGUUAACAGUUUAGAAAUUAUUACUUAUACAUUAAAAAAACAAAACAUUGAGAAACGACUAGUAUAAGCUUCUCAGAGACAAACUAACCGUUGCAGAACAAAGGUAAGCUUAAAAUGUUUGUUAUUUGAUUUAAUUAUAUACUUUUUUUUUUUCACAAUUUAAUCUUUUUUUUUGUCAAAGCUGUUGUAUUUUGUUUGCUUUUGUUCUUGUACUAGUUGGAAACAAAGUAUAAACCAUGUAACACUUUUACAAUAAAGAAGCUGCAUACUGGUUACCUUUAUUAAUUGUAUCAAUGCUAAAUGACGCAUACAAGUAGGAGACCGUAAACAUCACUGCUAGAUGCUUUUAGAGAAGGUGUGUUGGUGAUCUGAUCAUUAGCCUGUUGAUUAUAGCAAUAGAUAUAAUAUGCAUAAAUAGAGGGCCCCAAAAUCAACAGUUGUUUAGGGUUCUAUGGAGGAUUGGGCCAGCCCUAAAAAAAUGCUUGAAUGAAGAAGUUCACAAUAAAGUGCGGAGCUUCAGUGUUGCACUAAAUAAAGUACACGACUAUCGGACAAAAUCUUGCAAUGAAAAAGCAAGUAAAUUGAUCCCAAGAUGUAGCAGAUUUGCGCCGCCUGUCACAGCAGUUAGUAGCCAAGCUGCCUCCAUGCAGUUUUAUACAAACAAAAACAAAUUGACUCUGCUCAGCAUUAUA